AUGGUUCGGAUCCUCGUGUCCCACUUGAUGGAGCGCUUCGGAGAGAAUCCUACUUCAGGUACCAAGGCAUUGCUGGCGUCAUCGAUAGUGGAGCAGUUUCCAUGCCUGAGAGACUGCCAAGGCAGCGGCUAUGAUGCGUGGUUCACCCCGGGGAAGAACCAUAAACCAGCAACUGGGUUUCUGGAGGAGCGCCUCCGCAACGUGCGCAAGCAGCUCCACCGAGGCCAGCGGCAGAAUUCUGCAGCAGCAACACCACAGCAGGACACACCAGACACGUUGCCAGAAUCAGCUUGGAGAACGGAAAGUGAUGUCUACACACCGGAACCAGAAGUUUCUACAGAGCAAAACAUUUCCCUGGAGCACAUAGCCACAUUUAACAUCCGUGAGAUCCUCAAUAAAGCACCAAAUGGAAAACACCUGGUCGCCAGUCUUGAGGAAAAUGGCUUCAUUUCCCACCCUGAGAGAUCGAUCCAUGGUUCGGAUCCCUGGGUGUCGAAACUUGAUGGAAUGCUUCGAGAGAAUCCUACUUCAGGUACCAAGGCAUUGCUGGCAUCAUCAAUAAUGGAGCAGUUUCCAUGCCUGAGAGACUCCCAAGGCAGCGGCUAUGAUACGUGGUUCACCCCGGGGAGGAACCAUAAACCAGCCACUGGGUUUCUGGAGGAGCGCCUCCGCAACGUGCGCAAGCGGCUCCACCGAGGCCAGCGGGGGAACUCCGCAGCAGCAACACCACAUCAGGACACACCAGACACGUUGCCAGAAUCAGCUUGGAGAACAAAGAGUGAUGUCUACACACCGGCACCAGAAUUUUCUGCAGAGCAAAACAUUGCCUUGGAGCACAUAGCCACAUUUAACAUCCGUGAGAUCCUCAAUAAAGCACCAAAUGGAAAACACCUGGUCGCCAGUCUUGAGGAAAAUGGCUUCAUUUCCCACCCUGAGAGACGAUCCAUGGUUCGGAUCCUCGUGUCGAACUUGAUGGAAUGCUUCGGAGAGAAUCCUACUUCAGGUACCAAGGCAUUGCUGGCAUCAUCAAUAAUGGAGCAGUUUCCAUGCCUGAGAGACUCCCAAGGCAGCGGCUAUGAUGCGUGGUUCACCCCGGGGAGGAACCAUAAACCGGCAACUGGGUUUCUGGAGGAGCGCCUCCGCAACGUGCGCAAGCGGCUCCACCGAGGCCAGCGGCAGAACUCUGCAGCAGCAACACCACAGCAGGACACACCAGACACGUUGCCAGAAUCGACCAUAACUACAGAGCGGGCCAUACAGUUGACGGAGUGGCUGAAAAAUAAUACGUGGCCCCCGUCGCAGGUUAAUGAGGUCAUGCUGCAGACUGCCGUUCACAGGGCCCAGUGGAUCCGUGCAGACAAAGCAAGACCAAUACAAGACAUUAUUGCUGAGUUCCCACGUUUAGUGGACACCCCAGACAUGAUUUCUCAGGAUUUCUCAGUCCUAUACCCUGAGUCCUCUGGGAGGUUAAAAGAGAACUGGUGCAUUGUGUACGCGGAGAAGAUCAUUCGCAUGGCCAGGACAGAGAGGACAAACAGCCUUCUCACCAACAUAGAUCUGCUCCCCACUGACAAACGAGGGGAUAUUGCAUUGCAGUUGUUGCCUGUGCUGCUUCGACCUUCGCCAUAUAAGGUUGGGAAGAGAGUGUUCCGGCACAGCAGUGUGGAGUGCCAGAAUGCCUUCAUUAACACGCAGCCGAUCGGAAUGACCAUGGCCGACUACCUCACUGCAUCUGCAGCAGAGUACCCAUAUGUUCUCAUGUUGGGGGAGGAAUAUGACUGCUCACAAGUGUUUGUGGUCAUUAAUGGGAUCCCGCUGGAGCACCAGUCUCUUCUGAGUGCUGUUGACGCCUGCUUUAAAGCCUUUUUCAUACUUCAGCUUCAGUAUCCGAAACCAUGUGCUCAGGUUUGGGAGUUUAUCCAGACUGUCGUCUUUGGCAUCCCUGGACACGAGUCAAACACAGUUAAAUUAAUGAGAUCGCAGCUUUCUGCAUAGGAGUUUACCGGACAUUUUGUUGGCCGAUUUAAGGGAACUGAUGAUUUUCUUUGGCAGGAGUUACUGUAUGUUUAUACACAUGACCAGUAUAGAUGGCCUUCAUUCUAACUGUGAGUUUCCUUGAUAUGUUACUUAAAUGUGUUUCCUUAGUUAAGGCAGGAGAGAAAAUCUUAAAUCUCUGUCUGAAGUGUUAUUUUUGUUGCAUGAUUUAGUAGUUAGACAUACACCCCAAGAGUAUUUAGUUCUGUUUAGUGUUUUCAUUUUACCUGAAUAUAUUUUCAUGUACCAAUCUACUGUACGUGAAAGAAGCUAGAUGGUUGGGUUUUCAAUGUUUAAUGAAUCAAUUUUCUACAAAUUUCUAGAAUUUUUUUUUUUUUUUUUGCUGUUUCCUGUUGCCAAGGGGUAACUCAAUAAAAUUAGAGAGGGUUCCGGUGAUAUCCUUUGGGCAAUUAUCGAUAUUCAGCCUUUCUUGUUCAAUGUGAAUAUAAGGCAAGUUUGCCACUGAGCAUGCUCCUCUGAAUAUGAAUGCAUAGUGGGCUAUACAAUUCUGCAGCUAAAACCACACUGACAGGCUGACAGUUACAGUAGGAGUAGGGUAAAUCAGGCCGCUCAAACUUAACAUGUCAUGAGGUAACACCCUACGCAGUAAGCACACACAAUCCACAAUUUUUGAACUCUACAUGCCAUCUGGAUUUAUUUGUUUUCAGAUGUUUUUUUUUUUAUUUUGUAUGUAGGCUAACUUAGAAUAUAUACUGACAAGUUCACAUCUCAGUCCAGAAGAUGGCGAUACUGCACGUUUGCAAACUGACAAUAAAAGUCGCAGAAGAAGAAUCGCUCACUACUCAAACAGGAAGUAAACUUAAUUUCGAGUUGCUAAUAUACCUUGGCAGCUGAAACAUGCAAAAUAAGAAUGUUUUCCGAUAUCAAAAGCAAAUGCGAUCUACAUCGGAUCAUUGUUGUGUCCCGCUGUGCUCUGUGUCGUCCAGAUACAACUCACUUGUGAGUUUUCAUGCAUUUCCAGUGAAGGAGGACAUCAGACAAAAAUGGAUCGUUAACAUCAGGAGGGAUGACUUCCAAGUUACUAAACACACAAAGGUGUGUAGUGUCCAUUUCACACCCGAUGAUUUCAAAGCCGAUGCUUUUAAGGAAGGGGCUCGAAAGAGGAGACGUCUUAAAAAAGGUGCUGUCCCUACACUGUUUGAGUGCCGUGAUAAAGUACAACAGCCGAAUGAAGGUGGAAGGAAACCAAAUCGGGUGCGGAACCGUGAACAAGUGCAGUUUUCUAGGCUAGGUGGCAGGGAACCUCAACCAAAUCGGGUGCGAAACCGUGAGCAAAUGCAGGCGCCGAGGCAAGGUGACAGGGAACCAAAUCGGGAGCGGAACCGUGAGCAAGCGCAGCUCCCGAGGUUAGGUGUCAGGGAAACAAAUCGGGUGCUCCAAAAGCAAGAGCGACUACUGCCCACUGACUCGGGCUUAGAUCAAGACUUUAAUCAGGUAGAGAUGACUGGGCAUGAUUAUUGUUCAGUUCCCGAAGCUGCAGCUCUGGACAUGGCAUUACAUGAAAAUGAGAAGCUGAAAAGGGAGGUUGAAGAUCUACGGAAGCAGUUGGACCAGACCAAGAUUCUAAGUCGUUUAGGUCUGCAGAGAUUUGCUGGGUCCGAUCAUACAGUCUAUGGGUCUGAUGAGGACAUUCACUUUUACACAAGUACAGAUGAGGUUGUGGUGAAGUUGGAAUGCCUGCUGCAGCUGUUCCAGAAGUGCUUGGGUUGCAGCAGCAAAUGCAGCAUCAGUAUGAAGCGCGAGGGAAGAAUCUUCUGCAUGACUCAGAAGUGCCAGCAGUGUCACUACAGCAGGAUGUGGACCAGCCAUCCACCUGACCAGCUCAUCAGAGACCCAGCAGGCAACCAGGAGGUGAGAAAUAUAGGCUUCCAAACAUCUGAUGCUUCGAAUGUUAAGCCAGAAGUCCACAAAGGCUACUGCGAAACGCGUUCCUUUCUCUCUGCGGAUGAGGUAGCGGUUGUGAAAAUAAAAGAGGAAGAGUUUGAAGUUGAAGUAAACGAAGCGCAUGAGGACAAAGUCAGAGCUGUAGAAGAACAUAGAGAAGAUGAAGGAGUAGGAGAUGCCGAGAUGGAGGUGCAGAUGAGUCCAGUGUGUUGACUGAGGCUGAGAUGGCUUUGACCCACACUAUAGUAGAGGUGAAUGAUCUAGUUAACCACACAUCUGCUGCCUCAGGCAACAAGUCAAAUGACCAAAAAAAAGACUGUGAUUUCACACUCUCUGGGGAAGAGAUGACUGUAGAAAAAACGGAAGAGAAAAGUGGUGAAGUCAAGCCCACCGUCUGUCCCAGCUGUGGCCAAAGUUUUUUCGUUGAAGUUGGUCUCUAGGCACACACCAGUCGAAUCCACAAUGAGAAGUACUUGCUCACCUGCUGCGACUGCCUCAAUGCCUUUAAAUCACCUGAAGCCAAACAGGAGCAUGAAGACAGUCGCAGAGUUGCCCUCACCACUCCCUGGGCUUAGGAGCUUUGCCAGGAAUUCUUCAGGAAGAGGAACUUGAUGACGUUUGUUUCUGUUGUGUUGGUAUACGAGGUCAGAGGAUUGUGUUUUUCCUUUGUCUGUCACAAUGAUGAGGCAGCAUGAACAUGGCAUCACAAGGUGUUCAAAGAGGAUGCCCUACAGGAAGGGGCUGGGGGAGCUGUCUGUUGGAAAAGUUGUUGUGAAUACUGUAUAUGUUAUAGUUUUGUUUUUACAAUAUUUUGUUUCUGUAAAAAUAAAUGUUUCAAAUGUU